AUGACACACGUGCCCGACGAAAUCUGGGAGCAGGUAUUCUCCAACUUUGAGGAUCACAUGCCGAUAGAAGAGGAUUGGUGGAUGGGCGGGAGUCGACUCAGGCACGAAGAUUUGAGCACCCUUCAUUCACUCUGCCUAGUUUCCCACCAGUUCCAACGCGUUGCACAGCCUCUACUUUAUCGAACCAUUCCUAUGGAAGGAUGCAGUGCUGAAAAGCUAGUUCAGGCACGCUUCUUAAGGACACUGAGUGAACAUCCCCAACUUGGCCAGCAUGUUCGCAAUGUUUCUUUUGACGAUGAUGCGGAAGGGGCGUAUCUAAGAUACCGGGCAAUAGAGCACCCUGUUCUUUACAAUAUACUCAGGGCAGGUCUUGACUAUAUUAGUCUUCCGCCACCUGCUAUGAGACGAAUCAAAAAGUCCCUCCUGGAACAGCAAAGUGGUGGUGGCCUUGGAGCCCUUUUCAUGGCUUAUAUGCCCCAAUCACAGCUUGUUGAUUGCACUGUGCAUAGGGAUGACACUCCCUCACUAUUAAUGCUCAGUGGAUGUCUCGGGCUGGAGGAAGACAUAUUGGGUGACCUCGAGGGAAGAGAUAAGGAGGACCCAGACGAUACCAGAACGCAUGACCAGAAGGGGAACAGUUUACCGAAAGACAUGUUUACAGCCUAUACUUUUCCUCAUUUGACAGAAGUACGAAUCGGGACAGCAGAUUAUGAAGGUGUCACGUCUUUCUCCACGAUUCAGCCAAUUUUUCGCCAUCCCACGCUCAAACGACUACGUGCUCUUGGCAUUGACUUGCUUGAAAAAGAUAAGAAGCCGUUGAUUUGGCCUACCGAGGGUUCCAAUCUCCAAUACCUGGACUUGAAAGAGUCCAUCAUAGACGCUGCCGGUAUGAGAGGCAUUCUCACUCGAUGCCCCAGGUUGAAGGGUCUAUCGAUGGAGAUGGCUCCCCAUCAUAGAGAAUCAGAUCAGCAUGUGGAAGACUGGGAAGUUGACUUGGAGGAGUUCGGCAACGUAUUGAGACAAUUUGGGCAAAACUUAGAAGAUUUCGCUAUCGACACCAACAACUAUAACAACUACCACAGCACAGAGGGUCGACUCGGAUCACUCCAAACUCUCAUCUCCUUGAAGCAUCUCAACACUGGCAGAGAUGAACUUCUCGGGCCCAUACGAGGUCUAUAUGAGGAAUCGGAGACGCCAGCUUUACAAUUUGAUCAGGCCUUGCCGCCAUUUUUGGAAACAUUAUUUUUAUACCAUUGUGGGUACGGAUAUGAAGCCAGGAAUCGCGCCGCAAAUGAGGAACUUCGAGAGUUUAUCACAAACUGCGCGAUCUCGAAUCUUCGAGAGAUACAACUUGAGCUCAACCAUAACGAGACAGAGGAAGAAUGGCAUCUAGAUUCAAAAGUUUGUGGGUGGGGUGCUAGUUUCAGAAAGGAGUAUUUUCAAGACAUACCUGAAAGUUCGGAGGGUACGAGAACUAUUCUUGUUCUAUCAAGGGAGUAA